AUGGCAUCAAACGGUGAUGACAGAACACCAAACAUGCAACGGAGGCCACAAAGGCCAGGAUUCUUUCCUCCCGAAUUUGUAGAGCUUGUUGUGCCUCCAUUAAAAGUAGGUGUCUACUCGGGUACGGCGGGUGUUUUGGCCGGAGUAGGUGGAGCAAUUGCCAGAGAUACCAGCCCUGUGGCUAGCGGUGUAUUCUCUGGAGUACAAUGGUUCAUGCUGGGCAGCAGCUUCUGGUUCACCAGAUCUGUAGGAAUAAAAGUGUACGGGGGCGAAGGAAGAAUGACAACAACAGACAAAGUGUAUGUCAGUGGCUUGGCUGGUUCGACAGCGGGAGCCGUGGCUGGGUUGGCUCGUGGCCCUGCGAGACUAUUGCCAGCAAUGGUUAUAUGGGGUUUAGUAGGAGCAGGUGGGCAAGCAAUUGCCAAUCGCUCGACACCAUCACAGGCUAGCAAAAGUAGUGACGGCAGCAGUUGGCUUUCAAAGCUGAGCCCGUUGAAAAAGUUGACCGAUGAGGAGUAUAUCGAUAUGAUGAAGGAGAAGAUUUUGAAAGUAGAGGUGGAUAUUGCUCUGAUUGAUGAUCGAAUUGCCGAACUCAAAGCUGCUGAGGAGGAAAAAGAGGGUCGAAGCCAGGCUGGAGAUGCCUCGCGAUGA